GUUUCAGUUUGCUGCUUGCCCAUUGCCCUUACCAUACCUACAGCUGUUUUAUUCCUUUGUUGCUUGCUUUAAUGUUUCCCCUCCAAUGGGCUGUAAGAUCCAUAAGGUCAGGGAUCAUCUCUAGCUUCUUCCAGUCUCCAGCACCUAGCCCACUGCCUAGCACGGUUGCUCUCCAUAUUGUGGAAUGACUCAAGCCACAGGAACCACGACGCUGAAAUUAACAGGCAGCGCAGUGCUCUGCGGUCCGGAUUUCAGCCCGCAGGAGGGAGCACCCGAACCCACUACCCGAGGCGUGAUUGUGCCAGGGGAAUGGUUUCCAGGGCGACAGCAAACAGGAGGCGGGGCCUCGGAACCGAGGGCCCUGCUCCCCUGAGAGGAGGCGGCGCGCAGAGGGGAGGCGGGCUCGCGCGCGCUGGGAGGGCGCGCGUGGCGAGGGGCGCAUGCAGGGCCCCGGCGCGGCGCUGCUCCUGAGCGCGGGGGAGCGGGGGGUCGCGCACCAGGGCUCCGCCGCCUGGUACUGCCAAGAGGGCGGCUGCACCAGUUCUCCCGCCCCAUGGCCCCGGCCUCCCGCGACACUGCCUUGGCCCGGGCCCGCCUCCGCCUGUCCCGAGGGCGUUGGCGCUGGCGGCAAAGGCCGGGCCGGCAGUCCCUCUUUGCACCGCCUAGGCCAUGCCUUCGAGUCGCUGGCCCAAGGCACCCACACCCAGAGUGCAGCGGAUCUCCACCCCCUUGGGUCCCCGCACACUCCGGCUCCGGAUGAUGCCCAGUCGCCGGACGGUUCCCUUGUCCUCUGGCGAGGAUUCUCCAAGCCAUCUCACCACAUGGGCCGGCUCCGAAACGCCAGGAUCCACGUGGAGAGAGCUGUCAAGCAGAAAAAGAUCUUUAUGAUCCAAGGCCACUACCCAGUGAUACGGUGCCUCUUGCGCCGGAGAGGCUGGGUGGAAAAGAAGAUGGUCCAUCACUCGGGCACCACCCUGCCACCACCCCAGAAGGAUCUGGAUAGCUCAGUAAUGGGUGAUAGUGACACCACUGAGGAUGAGGAUGAAGAAGGGGACGAGGCAUUUCGGCCACCGCAGCUGUUUGACUUUGAUGAUUUACUGGAAUUUGAUGACCUAGAUGGGACACAUGCUCUGAUGUCCCGCAUGGUUCGGAACGAGGUCCCCUAUUUCAUCUGGACCACUCGGCGGGAUGUGCUGGACUGUCGCUUCCUCUCCAAGGAUCAAAUGAUAAACCACUAUGCCCGGGCUGGCUCCUUUACCACAAAGGUGGGUCUAUGUCUCAAUCUCCGGAAUUUGCCAUGGUUUGAUGAGGCUGAUGCUGACUCCUUCUUUCCACGCUGCUACCGCCUGGGGGCUGAGGAUGACAAAAAGGCCUUCACAGAGGACUUCUGGCUGACAGCUGCCCGCAACGUUCUCAAGCUGGUGGUAAAGUCCGAAUGGAAGUCAUACUCUAUCCAGGCAGAAGAGGAAGAGGCCCCAGGAGACAAACAGCCCAAGAAACAGGAGAAAAAGCCAGUAAUGGUGUCCUCCGAGUUUGUGGAUGAGGCUCUUUGUGCCUGUGAGGAGCACCUUAGCAACCUGGCUCACAUGGAUAUCGACAAGGACCUGGAGGCGCCGCUGUACCUCAGCCCCGAGGGCUGGUCCAUCUUCCUCCAGCGCUACUACCAAGUGGUCCACGAGGGGGCAGAACUCAGGCAUCUUGACGCUCAGGUCCAGCGCUGUGAGGACAUCCUGCAGCAGCUGCGGGCCGUGGUGCCCCAGAUGGACAUGGAAGGAGAUCGCAACAUCUGGAUCGUGAAGCCAGGAGCCAAGUCCCGAGGACGAGGCAUCAUGUGUAUGGACCACCUGGAGGAGAUGCUGAAGCUGGUAGAUGGCAACCCCAUGAUGAUGAAGGACGGCAAGUGGGUGGUACAGAAGUAUAUUGAACGGCCUCUGCUCAUCUUUGGCACCAAAUUUGACCUGAGACAGUGGUUCCUGGUGACCGACUGGAACCCACUUACCGUGUGGUUCUACCGUGACAGCUACAUCCGCUUCUCCACACAGCCCUUUUCUUUGAAGAACCUUGACAACUCAGUGCACUUGUGCAACAACUCCAUUCAGAAGCACCUGGAGAAUUCAUGCCAUCGGCACCCGCUGCUACCCUCAGACAACAUGUGGUCGAGCCAGAAGUUCCAGGCGCACCUGCAGGAGAUGGGGGCCCCAGACGCCUGGGCCACUGUUAUCAUGCCUGGCAUGAAGGCUGCAGUGAUCCAUGCCCUGCAGACCUCCCAGGACACCGUGCAGUGUCGGAAGGCCAGCUUCGAGCUCUACGGUGCUGACUUUGUGUUUGGUGAGGACUUCCAGCCCUGGCUGAUAGAGAUCAAUGCCAGCCCCACCAUGGCCCCCUCCACUGCUGUCACUGCCCGGCUCUGUGCAGGUGUGCAAGCCGACACCCUGCGUGUGGUCAUCGACCGGCGGCUAGACCACAGCUGUGACACAGGAGCCUUCGAGCUCAUCUACAAGCAGCCUGCCGUGGAGGUACCCCAGUAUGUGGGUAUCCGGCUCCUAGUAGAGGGCUCCACCAUCAAGAAGCCCCUGGCAAUGUGUCACCGGCGGAUGGGGGUCCGCCCAGCACUCCCUCACCUGCUGACCCAGAGAGGCUCUGGGGAAGGCAAGGACUUGGGGACCCUUACCCACAGGUCAGCUCCUAGGAAAGUUGCUGGGGCCAGGAGCCCGGGGCACACUGAGAAGCCAGCCUCCACUGCCCCCACCUCGGCCCCUGGAAAGGGGAAGAAAGGCAAGGCGAAAAGUGCCACAGCCCUGGUCAACCCCAAUCUCCGGAAGUGGGAGCCCCCCAGCACCAGGAUGGGCUGCAUUUUCACCAUGACCCUUGCUAGUGCGGACAGGCAGCUCCACCCCUUGAACAGAUUGCCAUUGAGUCUGAAGAACCCCCAGGCCCUGGCCCCUUACCACUUCCCCAGCCUCCACACCAAGGCCCGGCUGUCUUCUCCCCAUGUGCUCCGAUCCCAGGGGCGGGUCCUCAGACUGCAACACAGCAAGUUGGUGGGCUCUAAGGCCCUGUCGACCACAGGCAAGGCCUUGAUGACUCUACCUACUGCCAAGGUUUUGAUUUCCUUCCCGCCUAACCCUGAGCUCAAGUUGGCAUCCAGUGUCCUGAAACCAAGAAAGGUGGGCCUUGAGCUCGCCUUCGUGGUUCCCAUCCUGGAGGUGCCCUGUGGCCUCUAUCCUUCGAAGUUGGAAAUCUUCCUAGCACCCACAGGAAGAUCAAGACCAAAGGCAAGUUCAAGAUCAGACUGUGACAAACCCAAGGCUGAGGCAUGCCUCAUGAAGACACUGAGCCUUCCAGGACCCCUGCCCUUUAUCAAUGCAUACCAGGGGCUAGGGGGCAUGGGGGAUGUGAGGCUAGAGAAGCCCUUGCUUCGGUUCACUGCCCCUAUCCCGGAUGCAAUGCCAAAUAAAAAGGAGCAAGUAAAGUAUCCUGGGCUUGGCUCCAUUUCCAUUGGAGGGUGAAGAGAGGGUAGGCUGGGGCCCUAUACCCCAAAGUCCAGAAUGAGAGCUAGAGGCCAUCAGCAACCUCUCCACAAAGCAAAGGGCCAGAAUUCCACCCCCUGGCGACAGACAUGGGGCUUCCUAUGCAGGGACUCUCUGGCAUCUCAGAUCUUGGAUUGGGGGAUAAAGCCUCACUUUGUAGAUGAAGAAACUGAGUCUGAACAAGGAGACAUGGCUUGUGCAAGAUCAUGUGGCAGUGAGAAGGCUAGGACAUAUUGCCAGACUGCUCACCACUGGGAGAUCCCCAAGCCCCAAGCCCAGGGGAGAACCUGGGCUGGCAGCAGAGUGACAUCCAACGGGCAUCAGAUUUACAACGUGAGAUGGGGCAAGGAUGGACCUUGCCUAAGCACCAGCCCUUCUCCAGAGGGAGUUGGUCUGUCCCUUCCUCAGCAAGGGGCCAUGGUCGCCUAGAAAGGAAAUACCCAACCAGCCACACCCAUUUGAAAAACUUUGGUAUUUCUUAGUUAUAGUGAGUUGAAUGGUAGCCUUCCCUCCCCCAAAAGAUACACCUGCCUGGAACCCGUGAAUAACUUUCUUUGGAAAAAUGGUCUUCAUAGAUGUGAUUAAGUUAAAGAUCUUGAGAUGAGAGUACUCCGGAUUAUCCAGGUGGGCCCUAAAUCCGAUGACAAGUGUCCUGGUAAGAGAAGACACAGACACCAGAAGACCACGUGAAGGUGAAGGCAGACUGAUGUGAUGCAGCCGUGAGUCAAAGCUUGCAGCCACCAGAAGCUGGAAGAGGCAAGGAGUCAUCCCCAGAGGCUUCAGAGGACACUGCCCUGUAGACACCUUCAUCUCAGACUUCGGGCCUCCAAACAGAUCUCUGGGAAAAUCAGUUUGUUAUUUUACAAGACCAGUGCUCUAAGCCCUGAGCUACGGAGCUUCAGUUUCUGUUAUUUUAAACCACACAAGUUGUGCUAAUUUUGUUACAACAGUCCUGGGAAACUAAUACACUAGUCAAGUGAAGAUACAUAUACUCUGACCGCAUCUCUUGCAUAACUGAACCAGGAAAUGCAUACAAGCAGGUUCACACCAGUGUUGUGCUAACAGCUGAAUGAUGACAUUAACAGUAGAAUGGAUAAACUGGUAUAGUCAUGCACUGGAAUUCAAACCCACCAUACAUCACAGAUGCACUUCAUGGCAUGGGACAAAAACAAAUCACGAAAGAAUAUAUAUAUGUAUGUAUGGCAUGACUCCAUUUAUGGAAACUUCAGAAUUGGGCAAAACAAAAUACAUUAUUUAGGGAUGUGUAUGUAUGUGGAAAAACUUAAGCAAGGAAAGCUCCCAUGUCAGGGGAGGGGGUUCCAACCUAGACUGAAUAAUAGAACCCCUUCGGGAGCUUUAAAAAAGAUUGGUGUCAGGAUCUCCAUCCCAGACUGAUAAAAUUGGUAUCUUUGGGGUGCAGCAUCCCAGGGUAGGAAGGGGCUUUUUUAAAGCUUCGCUGAGGGGGUUCUACUAUGGGGCCAGCGUUGAGAACUGCUACCCUAACAAGGAAGGAGAGGCAUGUUUCUAUUUCGUGCCCUGAGUGGUGGUUAUGAGUGUCACCUUGUAAUUAUUCUUUAAAUCACAGAGCUAUUUAGGUACUCUUUGUAUGUUUGAUAUAUUUCACAAUUUUUUCAAGUAAAAGAUCUAAGAUCUUCACUUAUAUGAAGUCCCCAGAGUAGUCAGAUUUGUAGUGACAGAGGAGAAUGGCGGCUACUGGGGGCUGAGAGGAGCGGAUGGGGCAUCAGUGUUUAAUGGGGCAGAGUUUCAGUUCUUCAAGAUGAUGGGAUGUGACGGUUGCACCACAAUGUGAAUGUACUUAAUGCCACUGAACUGUUCACUUAAAAAUGGUUAAGAUGGUAAAUUUUGCUAUGUGUAUUUUACCACAAUUGAACGACAACAAAAAAAUCAGACAUUUCCUCUCAGCUAGAACUGGGACAGAAACAGCCAAAUAAAAAGACCAUAUACUGAACUCAG